AUGUCACUCAGUCGUCUGCACUGUGAAUCUGAGUCCUUUAAGAUGGACCUCAUUCUCGACAUCAACAGCUGGCUCUAUCCAAUGGAACUCGGUGAUAAAUUCCGGCUGGUGCUCGCAACCACCCUGAGAGAAGAUGGAUACCCCGAUGGCGGUGAUUGGAACGCUAUUGAGCAAGAAGGAGGAUCUAGAGCAGACAGUUUUGAAUACGUAAUGUCCGGGAAAGUUUACCGCAUCGAAGGAGAUGAUCUCAGCAACGAGCCAGGCAGCCGGCUGUUCUCAUCCAUGUUUUACGAAAUAUUAGAUAACAAAUCUUGGGAACUUGGGCAAUAA